UGUAGCUCUUCGUCACCUGUCAAAAUUGGGGGAACUUCCGCAAUGUUUUAUAACCCUCUUCUCCGACAUAUAAGUCUCCUGGACCCCACAACUACCGAGCGCAUAUUUGUGUUCGUGAUAGGCCACAGAUCUUGAAAAGAUCGAGACGGUGGCGUUAUGGCUUAAACAGGCCAAUCGAAAUAUCCCAUCUCACGCCUCUAUUUAUACUUUAUUAAUAAAGGAUCGAUAUCUGCAAGGAGAAGUUACUGACGGCGUACAGGAUCUUACCCAUCAGUCGAAUCCAAGACAAGCCCCCAAUUAGAGCAGAGUAGAUAAGGUCAGAUCAAGGGGGUAGAUUAAAUAUCACCCCUCUCCUUGGAGACACGAAUUCUAAGCGUCACGCAUAUCUCCUAUGCGCAUAAUACAUCAAUCCCCGUCUAUUUGAGCAUAAUCUAAUAUUCAAUCCGACGAGCGAUGUCAGAUCUCGGGCCUUUGACGACGACAUUUACUCCGGCGUCCGGGUGCAACUCUAUUCUUUCGGGGAUUGUAUACACGCAGACUCUGCAGGAUGGCAACACGACUACUCACAAGUACCAUAGUCUGGGGCCCAGUGCCACGUCCGAGUGCUACCCACCAGGUUUUGAGCCGGCGUCUGGUUUUUAUUCCCCUGGGAUCUGCCCGUCUGGUUGGUGGUCGGCGUGCGGAACUUUCGAUGUUAUCGCAAGUCUUACCGAGACUAGAGCGACCUGUUGUCCGCUAGGAUAUGUGUGCAUACAGCAGCCAGAUCCAACUGAGACGUGGUCGACCUUGUCCUGUUCAUCGUCUGCUAUUUCAUCUGUCUCCGUGACGGUUCCAGACCUGUCUAACCAGAUAAGCAAAGUUACUGUACUAAGUGGGAUCAUCAUACAUGCCGCAGCAAUCAACGUACGGUGGCAGAGGAGCGAUUUUAUAGCAUCUCGCACGGACGCGCCGACUUCUUCGGCGACUUCGUCACUAUCGCCCUCUCUUUCUCAACCCCCUACACCAAGUGGGACUGAGAUAGGUAAUGAGGACGCAGAAACGGGGCUUUCCUUGGGCGCGAAGAUAGGCAUUGGUGUAGGUGUAGGACUGGGGGGGUUACUCCUAAUCUCAAUUGCGAUUGGUAUCUGGCUGUGGAAAAUAAAUCAUCCCAAGGAGAAAGAGCAGCAAGGAAAUAUGACUAUCAACCACCUGCCAAAUUAUGGGGCUCAGAAAACACGGGCAGAGGUAUGGGAACAGUACCAGCAAGAGAUGCAGACUGUGAGCAAUACGCAUGAAAUGAUCACAGAGAAUAAUCGACACGAGAUCACGGGCACUCCCAGGCCGGCUGAGCUGCCCCAUGAGAGUUGGAGGUAGCUUUUCUGAGUGCGAAAUCUUAUGCUAAACGCCUGUAAGAAAGUCCUAUUU